AGAGUAUAGUAUUGUCAUCAAUUCAGCAUACUAUUGGCAAAAGAUGCAUGAGUUAACAUAAUAGUUCAAUACAACUGUAGCUAUAAUAGGCCUGCAUGGCUGAUACAGACAGGAUGAUAUAUCAUUAUAAGGCUGAGUAUUGAAUAUAAGGCUGCUUUAGAAGUGCCGUAGUGCCGGAUCGCAGAAGAGUAGUUUUUGAGGUGCAGUGACGGAAGAUCCCGCCCUGACGUGAAGCCGUGAAGAUGCCGCCAAGUUCAGGGGAGUUAUGGGGCCAUCAUUUGAUGCCUACACAGAUUAAUGUUGACUGUCUCAUGCCUAAUGGUAUGAUCAUUCUACUUAAGUGUAACAGAGAUGCCACACUCGAAAUCAUCAAAUCGGACCUCUGGAAGGAAGCCAAAGGCUAUCCACUUUUCUACCUCCUUCUGGAUCCUGCAUCCUACAUCUUUGUCAGCAUAACCCAGGAUGCUGAGCGAGAAGAGUUUUACGAUGAGACUCGACGUCUCUGUGACUUAAGACUUUUUCAACCAAUUUUGAAAUUGGUGGAACCAAAAGGAAACAGAGAAGAAAAAAUGCUCAACUAUGAUAUUGGUGUUGCGGUAGGCACUGCUGUUAAUGAAUUCAACGAGAUCAAAGAUCUAGAAGUUAUGACGUUUAGACGUAACAUGGUCGAUGUCUGCAGUGAAGCUAUUGAUAUUCGUGACAAUAGGGGGCUCCACAGUCAAGCUCUCUACACCUAUCCGCCAGAUAUUGAAAUCAACCCAGAAUUACCAAUAUUUAUUAAAGAAAAAUUAGACAAGAGCAUGCACACCAUAGUUUGUAUCUGGGUGUGCUCAGCUAAUGGAGACCGUGCCAAGUAUACAGUCAAAGUACCAUGUGACGCUAAACCUGAAACAGUAAUAGAAGAGGCCAUACGCAAGAAGACUCGCAGUAUGCAUAUGACCCCAGAACAGCAGCAGCAAUGUAUAGAUGAAUAUAGAGAUAGCUAUUUACUAAAGAUAUGUGGCUGUGACCAGUACCUACUCGGAAACCAUCCUUUCUGUCAAUACACUUAUAUCCGCCAAUGCAUAAAGCGAGGAGACGAAAUUCCUCAGCUGAUGCUGAUGUCAAAGGAGUAUGUCUACAGCAAUCUUCCUAGAAGUACAUUCCUUGUUCCGUCCUAUGCACAGAGAGGUAUUAGUGCCUUACAAGAUAUCAACAACAAAGCAGCUGUGUCUCUUUAUGCAAUUGAUACCAUGCUGAGAAUAAGAAUCAACUGUGCAACUUAUGUUAAUGUCAAGGAAAUGUGUAAGAUCUAUGUGAAAACAGCAAUAUACCAUGGGACAGAGUCACUGUGUUCGUUCAAGGAGACAAAGCAUGUGGAGUCAUCGAAACCUCGCUGGAAUGAAUGGCUUGACUAUGACCUGUAUGUGCCUGAUAUCCCUAGAGGUGCAAGACUCUGCUUAUCUAUAUGUUGCAUAUCAAAAGGAAAAUCACGGAAAAAGGAGCACUAUGCACUAGCAUGGGGUAAUGUGAAUAUGUUUGAUUUCAACGACCGUCUUCAAUGUGAGAAGAAAAGUCUCCAAUUGUGGCCCAUGCCCCAGUCUUGGGAUGACCUGCUCUAUCCUAUAGGCACACCAGGUUCCAAUCCAAACAAGGACUCUCAAUGUCUCGAGAUAGAAUUUGAUAGGUUCAGUCACCCUGUUGAGUUCCCCCGCGAUCACCAAGUUGAGGAAUAUGCUAGGUUCUGGGAGAAACGUAACCGUGACAACAUGCUCAGAGGACAUUCACCAGCGCCCUCUUCUCAUAUACUAGAACUAGAGCGGGACCAAAUCAUGGAGAUCAUAAAACGUGAUACAUUGGCAGAAAUCUCAGAACAGGAAAAGGAGUUAAUUUGGCGAAAUAGGAAAUUUUGUCUCACUAUACCAGAGUCCCUUCCCAAAUUGCUGGCCUCGGUCAAGUGGAGCAGUAGGGAGGACGUUGCCCAGUUAUACAUGCUGCUCAAGGAGUGGCCACCUAUCUCACCAGAGACCUCUAUGGAGCUUUUAGAUUGUACAUACACAGAUCUGACCGUUCGCAAGUUUGCUGUCAAUUCGCUCAAUGAGAAAUUAAGUGAUGAGAAACUGGCUUUAUAUCUCAUACAACUAGUUCAGGGUUUAAAGUUUGAACCAUACUUAGAUAAUGAACUGACCAGGUUCCUGUUAAGAAGGGCAUUGUUGAACCAGAGGAUAGGGCAUUUCUUCUUUUGGCAUUUCAAGUCUGAGAUGAAUCAAGCUGGGAUUAAGCUGAGGUUUGGUAUGAUGCUGGAGGCAUACUGCAGGGGAUGUGGGGCAGCUCAUCUCAAGUCAAUUACCAGACAGGUGGAGGCAUUGCAGAAACUAACAAUGCUCACAGAUAAGCUAAAGUCUGAGAGAGAGGAUGACCAAGUUAAAUUGCUGUACCACAUGAAGCAGCCAGACUAUCUUCAGGCUUUACAGCAGUUCUCAUCUCCACUGAAUAGCAGUCAGAUUCUAGGCGAACUCAAGAUUUCAGACUGUAGGGUUAUGUCAUCUAAGAAGCGACCCCUAAUGCUAGCAUGGAAUAAUCCUGACCCCAUGGCAGAGUUUCAUUUACCUGAUUUUCAAAUACUCUUCAAAAAUGGAGAUGAUCUGCGCCAAGAUAUGCUCACUCUCCAGAUGUUUAGUAUGAUGCAGACCAUUUGGCAAGACGAGGGUCUAGACCUCCGAAUGAUUCCAUAUGGCUGCUUAUCUGUCGGCAAAGAUGUUGGGUUAAUCGAGGUCGUACGUCGCUCUAAGACUAUCAUGUCAAUCCAGAAGGAUCGUGGCUGGAAGGCUGCAACACAGUUUGACAGCACUCAGCUUCAUAAGUGGAUCAAAGAAAAAAAUAAAGGAGAUAGGUAUAACAUGGCUAUAGACAACUUCACGCGGUCAUGUGCUGGCUACUGUGUAGCUACAUUUGUACUGGGAAUAGGGGACAGGCACCCGGAUAACAUCAUGGUCAAUGAGGAGGGACAGGUGUUCCACGUAGACUUUGGUCAUUUUCUGAAUCACCGCAAGAAGAAAUUUGGAUACAACAGAGAGAGAGUCCCAUUCGUUCUCACAGAGGAUUUCAUAACUGUUGUUGUCAAAGGGCAGGAUAUGCCUCUCAAAACCAAGGAGUUUAAUGCAUUCACUGAAAUGUGUGGCAAAGCUUACUUGGCCCUCAGAAAACAUGCCAAUAUUUUCAUCACAUUAUUCUGCAUGAUGCUCUCCUGUGGAAUUCCUGAACUACAGUCCCUUGAUGAUAUUGGAUACUUACGAAAAACCCUUGCUGUCGACAAAUCUGAUAAAGAGGCCAUUGAAUACUUCCAGUCAAAUUUCUUUGAGGCAUCGAAUGGUUCAUGGACCACGAAAAUGGACUGGUUUUGCCAUUGGGUGAAAAAUAGGAAAUGAAUCAUCUUAAAUAUAAAUAACGGAAGUUCAAAAUAUGAAGAAUGGAUGAAGGAAAUGGGUGUUUUAGGAGAAUGUGUUAUAUGGCUUGAGGCAAUAUGUCAACAAUACUCACAAAGUAGGUUACAAUUUAAGUGGACAUUUUGGAGAAGAAACCAUUUAGAGAAAUAACAUUAGUGCCAUUAAUUAUAGCAUUCUUUGAUUGAUAGAAUAUGAAGUGAGAAAUCUUAAAUAAUUUUGUAUUUGCUGUGAAAUUGAACACUUCUGUCUUAUGGUAUAAGCUACAGGUUGUGAGUGGUCAUAAUCUCAGAAACAUUUGCAACGAAAAAUUGAACAUGCCUCUAAAAACAAACCUGCCAAAAAUUGAGGAUGAUCAUUAAAAUCAAAUUCAACGUUGAAAGUUUGACGGAUGAUGAAAGAUGCUAUUUAAGUGUACGAUAAACUAGUCACAUGAGAAAUUAAUCAAAGUUAUCGUUGAGUCCAACUUACUGGCGCAAAUAAUUGUUAUUCGAAUUGCGUGUGUUCUGCAAACAAGCGACAUCUACUUUUUAAAAUGUUGCCCAAACCAGAUAUAAAAAUGAGACAGAAAAUGAGGUAUCCUGUCUAUCUGUUUUAUUGCAACUCUUCCUUGACCUUUAUACUGAUCUCCCGGUGUGUCUUCUUUAGGAGAUCAAGAAUGUCUCAUUACAGUACAUAAUGGCAACACAAACAUCAGUUUAACAUGCAGAAAAUUAAAUUAUUUUAGUCUUGCAUCAAGUUUCUGCUCCCCUUUUUAUUUAUAUUUCUAAGUGUUAAAGAGAAUAUUAGAGGUCAACAUAGGGGUUCUCUAUUUGUACACCUUAACAGGGACUUAAUGUAAGAUUAUUUAACCUAAGUGGGAUAUUUUAUUUUAUUUGGACACAAAAACACAUACGAAGGGAGUAUCCACACCCUGUCAUAUUGUGUGCUAUAACAUGGAUCAUGGUUACUUAUUGAGGUGGUCUAUUGAGACUGACUUGUAUUGAAGCUUGCAAAGAUGCCCCUCAAGGGAUACUGCCCAGUGGCCAUGUAUACAUUUUGAUGCAUAUUUACUUAUGUGAGAAAUGCCUAAAAGAUCAAAAUGCCGCCAUAGGUGGCUUGUGUCAUGUUGAAGUUUGUUGAACAACAUUACUGUGUAGCGCUAAUGUUAACUAUGACUUGAACGUGAAAAUCUAUUUUUGAUAUGCCAUCUAUUUAUGUAUAUGUCUCUGUACAUGCAUUACGAUGCAUUAUGAUGCAUUACUGUAUGUGUACUUUGCAUGUCUAAGAGGAAUCUUAGACUGUAGAACUAAAUGUGUGAAGUAGCUGUUAUAUUAUGAAGUCUCAGCUAGUACAGAUCAAUCAAAGAACUGGAGGCUAAUCUCAAAUAUGUCAUGGUUUUGCCCUAUAUGUAGUUAGAUUAAUUAAUUUAUGUGAAAGAAAAGACUCCAGGAAAAUGUUAUUGUCUGUGGUUGGUCAAAAGUGCAUAUGAAGCCGAUUUAUAAUAGUAGGAUAUUUAUUUAGGGUAACCUUUUGUGAACUUCAAUUUGUGGGAGGUGAUCGCCAUAAUAUAUAUAACACUGGGCAUUAGCUAGGUAAUAGGUAGGCAUAGCCUUCCAUAUAUUGUGUUUUGGUACAGUGUACUUUCAUGUAAUGGGAUGCACUCCUCAUUCCGAAUAUACUGGUACAUUGACUGCACAAAUGUGAUAAUACCAUCCCUUAAAAGUCAAUGAUAAUACUAAUAAACAUGGAUUCAGAAAAUAUACAAUUGUAAAUUGACUUGUAUUGAUAUUUAACCAGAGCUUAGUUAUUUUAGUUCAGUUUAAGACAUAUUUUUGAAAGAAUGAGGAAACUGCUCUAACUUUGGUCAAGGCACCUUGUUCAUUCAGUCAACAGUAAGUCAGAAAUGCACAGAAAUGUACAAAAGUUAGAAUUAUAUUUUAAAUUAUUUAUUUACAUAACAUUAUGUCUUAUUUAUGUUUACAUAUUCAUUACUGAACUUGUGAGAAUAAGUUUACAAAUAUUAUACAGUAGUCUCGCAUCAAGCCCUCCCCAUAUCUGUCCUCCUAUAAACCUUCCCCUAUACAUGUCCACCCCCUGUAAAACUCAACUCUCUUGGGUUGAAGUAAGUGUAUGGGAGGAGCGGGGGGGGGGGCUCCAGAGACUUAAUGCAAAACUAGUUGUAUAGCAAUAAUACAGACGAUGUAUGACAUCAAAUUUUCAAACCAUAUUGUCUGUAGUUAUAUUACAUUCAUAUAAUGUGAUUGAAUGAUUGUUACUAUCUAGUAUGCUGCACAUCUGUAUAUCAUGACAAUUAAACUUUAUCUCAAUUAUUUAUUUUUGCAAUAAUUUGUUUUAUCUUUUAGACAUUGCUAAUUAAUUAAUAACUGUAAAACCACAAAUAGAAAAAGUCUAUGGGAGAUGGGAG